GAAGAGAGAGAGAGAGAGAGGUGCUGCAUCAACCCAUUAUACAGCAGCAGCAGCAGGCUGGGCUUAGGGAUCUAUUGUUCCCUGUUUUAUUUUUGCCAGCCCCGUUGUCGCUCACUCAGGGUCAAAGAGAGAAAGGGAAAGGGAACGGAUGAGAGCAGACCUCAGCUCUGUUUGCCUUGGAUUACUUACACUUGGACGCAUUGGGGUAGACAAAGCAGAGGCAGAUAACAGGCACACUUCAGUCUCGCUCCCUACCUCGGGCCCGGCUUGUUUUUUUCCCUCUUGACUGCAUUGGGAGCUACGGUAUUUGCUGUGCGGUGGCCAUGGCGCUAGCCAGCAGGGCUGUGGGAACGCUGGGGCUCUCGAAAGAGGCACAGCUCCCCUCUCUCUGGAGGACAGCGCUGCUCUUCCUCUCCAUAUGGGAGAUGGAUGCACAAACCGCAAUGGAAACUAAACCCUUGUACAUCUGGCAAACAGGUCCGUGGGGUCGUUGCAUGGGCAGUGACUGUGGACCUGGCGGCAGCCAAAGCAGGGCAGUAUGGUGUGCCCACUCGGAAGGCUGGACCACCCUGCACACAAACUGCAACCAGACAGAACGGCCUAACAACCAGCAAAGCUGCUUCCGAGUCUGCGACUGGCACAAAGACCUGUACGACUGGCAGCUCGGUGCCUGGAACCAGUGUGUCCCGGUGUCAAUGCGCAGUGCCGGGGUGCAGCGCCCCGCUGUGUGCACACGGGGAGAGGAGGGCAUCCAGACCCGAGAGGUUGGCUGUGUCCAAAAAGCAGAUGGCGAGCCGGCAGAGGACGCAAUCUGCGAAUACUUUGAGCCCAAACCACGCCUAGAGCAGGCCUGUCUUAUCCCCUGUCCGCUGGACUGUGUGGUAUCUGAGUUCAGCCUGUGGACUCACUGCUCUAAAACCUGUGGAAUGGGCUUACAAAACCGGAUCCGCUUUGUUCUGGCACCGCCACUGUUUGGUGGGGCAGCCUGCCCAAAUUUGACUGAAUUUCAGACAUGCCAACCAGGGCCCUGUGAAGAGGAGGAACGCCUUUACAGCCUCAGAGUGGGACCGUGGGGGCCCUGCUCUGUACCAAUGCCCAGACAUGAGAGACAAGCUGACAGACCAUCCAGCGAUAGCGACGAACCAUCCAAACCUUCCAAAGAGGGUGACAAACGGUCCAGAGACAGCAAAAAAACAUUACAAGGGGGCGAAAAAACAAAUAGAGAAGGUAUUAAACUGUCCAGUAAGGUUGACAAACAGACUAGAGAGGGGGACAGUCAGCACGAAGAGGAAGACAAAAGGUCCAAAGAAGAAAUUAAACUGUCCAGAGACGGACACAAACCAUCCAGACCCAACAGAAAAAUGGGCAGGGCAAACAGGAAACCAGAUAGGCCGUCCCGACAAGCAGAAAAGCCCAAACGUCAGAAAAAGGCAAAAAACAAAGAAAAGAAAGAUAAAAUGAGAGAGAAAGUCCGGGAGAGGUUAAGGGAAAGGGGUAAGGUGAAGGACCCUGAGACCAAACAACUCAUCAAGAAAAAGAGAACAAGAAACCGUCAAAACCGUCCAGGUGGAAAGUUCUGGGAACUGCAGGUUGGCUACCAGACCCGAGAGGUGACCUGUGUACACAAGAGUGGAAGUGUUGAAGCUCUCAGCCUGUGCUCUCAGGAGUCAUUGCCAGUGACCUUCCAGGCCUGCGUCAUGACCAAAGACUGUGACGUGACUGAAUGGUCUGAAUGGUCAGCUUGCUCCAAGGAGUGCUACGACCCCAACGGGCCCAAAGGGGAACGCACUCGCACCAGAAAAGUUAGCCAGUUCCCCAUCGAUGGAGGAGCAGAAUGUCCAGAGCUAGAGGAGAAGGAACCCUGCAGCCCCCAGAGAGACGGAAUGCCACCCUGCAUUGUCUACAACUGGAAGACCACAGAGUGGACAGAAUGCAGGGUGGACGUACUGCUGAGCCAGCAGGACCGACGGCGUGGAAACCAGACGGGGUUGUGUGGAGGAGGGAUUCAGACUCGAGAGGUCUACUGUGUCCAGACCAGCAUGGAUACACCCCCCAACCGCGGCUCACUCCGCAGCAAAGAAGCAUUGCGGCCAAUGGACAGUGAUCUGUGUCUGGGUGUCCCCUUGAACACCACCCAGCUCUGCCAUAUCAGUUGUCCUGUUGAGUGUGAGGUGUCCUCCUGGAGUGCCUGGGGACCCUGCACCUAUGAAAACUGCCAGGACCAGGCAGCCAAAAAAGGCUUCAAAAUGAGGAAGAGGAAGAUCACAAAUGAGCCGACUGGCGGGACAGGCAACUGCCCCCACCUGAUGGAGGCGAUUCCGUGUGAAGACCCCAGCUGCUACGAGUGGCUCGUGGCUAAACUAGAGGAGUGCGUCCCUGAUAAUGACAAGCUUUGUGGACCCGGAACCCAAAUGCCACAAGUGCAGUGUGUCAACAGUGACGGUGAAUAUGUGGAGAGGCAACUCUGCCGUGACGCCAUCCUGCCCAUGCCGGCUAUCUGUGACGUGCCUUGCCCAAAGGACUGUGCCCUGAGUCCUUGGGCCCCCUGGUCUCUGUGUUCCCACACCUGCUCUGGGAAAAACACUGAGGGCAAGCAGACCAGAGCUCGCUCUAUUCUCGCCUAUAACGCAGGAGAAGGUGGAAUCCAGUGCCCCAACAACAGUGCUCUGCAGGAGGCGAGGAACUGCAACGAUCACCCAUGUACUGUGUACCACUGGCAGACCGGCCCGUGGGGGCAGUGCAUAGAGGAUACCUCCAUUCCAGCCUCUAACACUUCUGCGAGCAGGACACGCGGCGACGAUGCCUCCUGCUCUGUGGGGAUGCAGACCCGCAAGGUCAUCUGUGUCCGGGUCAAUGUGGGCCAGGUUCCUCCAAAAAAGUGUCCAGAGAGUCUGCGCCCAGACACCGUCAGACCCUGCCUGCUGCCAUGCAAGAGAGACUGCAUCGUAACCCCGUACAGCGACUGGAGCCUCUGCCCAGCAACGUGUCGAGCAGGCGGUAACACCAAGAAGAAGCAGUACAGGAAACGUAUUAUGAUCCAGAUACCAGCCAAUGGGGGACAGGACUGUCCUGAAGUUCUGACCCAGGAGAGAGAGUGUGAUGCUCCGUCAGUCUGUCAAGGAUACAGAUGGAAAACCCACAAGUGGCGGAGAUGCCAGCUGGUUCCAUGGUCAGUUCGACAGGACAGUCCUGGAGCUCAGGUGACAUGUGGGCCCGGACUGCAGGUUCGAGCCGUUUCGUGCCGGAAGCAGGAUGGUGGGCAGUCAGACGUUGAAGCUUGUCUUAAGUUAGCCAGCUCCAUGCCGCCUCUCACACAGUCCUGCCAGCUGCCCUGCCAGGAAGACUGUCAACUCAGCAGCUGGUCCAAGUUCUCCUCCUGCACAGCCGACUGCGUGGGCGUCAGGACUCGCAAGAGGAUGCUAGUCGGGAAGAGCAAAAAGCGUGACCAGUGUAAAAACAACCAGAUGUACCCCCAGAGCGAGACCCAGUACUGCCCAUGUAACAAAUACAACGCCCAGCCUGUGGGGAACUGGUCGGACUGCGUCCUACCCGAGGGGGGGCGUUUGGAGGGUCAACUGGGCAUGAAGGUCCAAGGGGACAUCAAGGAGUGUGGCCAAGGAUAUCGGUACCAAACCAUGGUGUGCUACGACCAGGACAAUCGCAUAGUGGAGACCUCUCGCUGCAACAGCCAUGGGUACAUCGAGGAGGCCUGCAUCAUCCCCUGUCCAUCUGACUGCAAACUGAGCGAGUGGUCCAACUGGUCGCGCUGCAGCAAGUCCUGUGGCAGUGGGGUCAAAGUUCGCUCCAAGUGGCUCAGAGAAAAGCCCUACAAUGGUGGAAGGCCGUGCCCUAAACUGGACCAUGUCAACCAGGCUCAAGUGUAUGAGGUGGUGCCGUGCCUCAGUGACUGUGGGCAGUAUGUUUGGGUGGCAGAGCCCUGGAGUGUUUGGAAGGUCAGCAAUGUGGACCUGAAGGAUAACUGUGGGGAAGGUGUUCAGACCAGGAAAGUCAGAUGUAUGCUGAACUCAAUCGACGGGCCCUCUGAGCCGGUGGAGGACUACCUGUGUGACCCAGAGGAGAUGCCUUUGGGGGCCCGCAAGAGCCAGUUGCCCUGCCCAGAGGAAUGUGUGUUGUCCGACUGGGGAGCCUGGAACCCAUGUCCACUGCCAUGCAAUGGGAACAGCUCUAGAGAGAGGAGCGCUUUCCCACUCCGCCAACCUGGAGAGGGGAAGGAGUGUCCUCCAACUCAAGAGACACAAGUCUGCAAACUCAACAGCAACUGCUUCCAUUACGCCUACAACAUCACUGAUUGGAGCACCUGUCAGCUCAGCGAGAGAGCGGUGUGUGGAAAUGGCAUCAAAACCCGCAUGCUGGACUGUGUGCGCAGCGACAGCAAAUCUGUAGACCUCAAGUUCUGUGAAGAGCUGGGCCUGGAGAGGAAAUGGCAGAUGAAUUCUUCGUGUGUUGUGGAAUGUCCAGUCAACUGCCAGCUGUCUGAUUGGUCAACGUGGUCUGAGUGCACACACACCUGUGGGCUGGCCGGCAAGCUGUGGAGGAGGCGGACAGUGAUCCAGGCCCCCCAGGGUGAUGGGAGGCCCUGCCCCUCCCAGAUGGAGCAGUGGAAGCCCUGUCUUGUGAAGCCCUGCUACAGCUGGAGAUACAGUGCCUGGUCUGAAUGCAAGUCUGAGGGGGCGAAAUGUGGAGAAGGACAGCGCUACAGGAACGUGUCGUGCUUUGUGUCAGACGGGUCAGGUCAGCAGGAAAGCAGCCUGGUAGAUGAUGAGCUGUGUGGAGAUCUGGAGCCCUCAGUAGAUGGAGACACCCACAUCGUCCUGCAGGAGCUCUGCACUGUACCUUGUCCAGGGGAGUGCUACCUCACAGACUGGACUGUUUGGAGCCCCUGCCAGCUGAGCUGCGUCAGCGGGGAAGACCUGGGGUUCGGCUCGGUCCAGGUCCGAUCCCGAGCGGUGGUGGCCCAGGAUCCGGAGAACCUGCUGCAGUGUCCAGAACAAGAGCUGGAGGCCAGACCGUGUACAGAGGGUCAGUGUUUUGAAUACAAGUGGAAGACUGGACCAUGGAGAGGGUCAUCUCGCCAAGUCUGGUGUCAGCGGUCGGAUGGACUCAAUGUCACAGGUGGAUGCCCAGUGAUAUCUAAGCCAAUGGCUGACCGAUCCUGUGAUCCCCGCUGCACCAAGCCUCGCUCCCUGUGCACAGAGGCGGGAGUCUGUGGUUGUGAGGAGGGCUACACAGAGAUCAUGACGUCAGAUGGCCUGCUGGACCAGUGCACAGUCAUCCCGGUGCUGGAGAUCCCCACUGCAGGGGACAACCGGGCCGACGUCAAGACCAUCCGAGCCUUCAACCCCACCCAGCCGGCAGCCAGCUCCCCGGGCCGGGCCGGACGCACGUGGUUCCUGCAGCCCUUUGGCCCAGAUGGGAAGCUGAAGACCUGGGUGUACGGAGUAGCAGCAGGAGCCUUUGUUCUGCUCGUCUUCAUCAUCUCCAUGACGUACCUAGCAUGCAAAAAGCCAAAGAAGCCACAGCGGCGGCAGAUGAACAACAGGCUGAAGCCGCUGACUCUGGCCUACGACGGAGACGCCGACAUGUAGAAGUCUUCCCUCUGACCAGAGCGAACUACACACGUGCAUCCUCCUGCAGGGUGGGAAGGAACCCUUGUGCCGCGGGUUAUCGCCCUUCCUACAUGUACGUGGACGAACCCCGGGGAAGACGAUUCUGACAGAAAGACUGACCUCCAGGGAUCCCCGUCCAUUCGCAAGCCUCUUUGUUUCUGAUUCCCAUUUGAAUACUUUGUUUCACAAGAGCCUUCAUGAAUUCUCGUAUCUUCUUCUGGAAGUUUGCCUUUGCUUUUCUGCCACUGCCGGUAACACCCUAACCCCAGUCACUGGACAAAGAUUUGCCUCUAAAAGCACACAAUCUUCAUUUGGCUUUUUUAUGACUUUGUCACAGCCGUGUGGAAUCGCCUCUUCUCACGACGCCUGUCAUUGUGUGUCCAGUCGAGGACGUUCAGUUGCUGUGGCCUGGGUCCAUCUGGUCAGAUAAGAAGCCCAGAGAACAAAAGCGUCAAGGUUCCCUGAGCCACCAUCACUUCUGCCUGCCUCUCCCUUUGUUGUUUUCAGGCAUAAUUUUGCACUAUAUUAGUGCAGCAUGAUAUGUACUAAUGUCUAGCUUUGCCAUAGGAAACUGCCUCUCAAUACAAGAUGGUGUACAGUCGUGUGCUAGAAAUGUUAAAAAAGUAGACUUUUUUUGCAAUUGGAACUCACCGAUGUUUGUUAAUAUUUUUCUUUGAUUACCUCUUACGUGUGAUACGAUGGGACUUCAUGUAAAUAGAAGCUUUUUUCUGGGGUCUCAAUUUUACCUUUUUAAAGUGUACAGCUAAACUACAAACUCUGCCUGGAUUAAUUUAUUCGCUGAAGAUUGUUUGACUGUCGUUUAAAGAUCAGGAUCUUCAAGUUUUGUAAACUAUUGAUUAUUGACGUUUCUGUCAUCAGCUCCGUCUGCACCCCACUCAUGGAAACACUCCAAAAGAAAGCAAGAGUGAGAACAAAUAAUAUGGAAGUAUUGAUUCAUCUUAUAUUGCGCAUUUCUUUCAUUCAAAAGGCCUUUAUAUUACAUUUGUUUAAAUUGGCUUUUUCUAAAAAUUACUGGAAUAUGUCUCAAAGCAGUAGUGAUCUAAAUCUACCACCAUCGUCUCCUAUUGGCUGCAUCUCUCAGUCUCCCUUCUUACGUCUUAUAUCUCAUUAGAUACUCAAUGGCCCAACGGGUAGAUCAACCGAAAAAGGAUUCACUUCUUUUAGUGUUCAAAUUGUCAGUUCAUUUGAAAGACUUCUUAUCGUGGACCACUUCACCUUCUCUGGAGCUCAGACCUUACUUUAUACGUACUACUAAUAAAAUCAUUUUAAGAAGCCCAUACAAGGAUCUGUGCUGUAUUGGCCAAUGGAAAAUGUGCCUCUUUCAUUGGACUUUCAUUAGGUCUACUGCACCUCCUAGCGGUGCAUUCGAUGCGAGCGUUACUUUGUUUUACCAUCACUCAUUUGUAAAAUAAUAUUGGUCAAACCGGGAAGACGGCCGUCUUCUCUGUACUCCUCAGGGCACAAGUGCUCAGCUAAGCAUGCACACACACACACACACACACACACACACACACUGGUAGAGGGCAUGCAGAGAGGGGGACUGAUCAAGCUGCCAUUGUUUUGUCAUCAAGUUUACAAUCAGAAACUAUGACAUUAUUUCAUUAGUCACAUUUUGAGGAGGUGGAUCAUACGGAGUUUGCUCGGCUUAUGCAUAACUACAGUACAGGAGGAGAGCACCAUGGUUCCUUCCUUGGUGGUAUGAUAACGCUGCUAGAGCACCUCCUAUUGGCCAAAUGGUAGCACAUGUAUUAUGUUCACAUCUCCUCUACACAUGCAAACCAACUGCAGGUUGCAAGAGCACAAAGCGUCCAGGACGGAGGACGGUUCUUUGUCAUAUAAGAAUCCAAAGUAACGUUUUCCAGUUUGAUGCUGCACUCCUUGGACUCAUGGCCAUACUGGACUAAGGGUUCAUCACAGGGUAUUUCCAAAGAACUUUUGAGCUAUUACUUUGGUUACUUCUUCUCAACAAUACAUUUGAGUCUUCAAAAUGAACUGAAUUCCAACUGUUGUUGGUCACACAGACCACACACACAACAAACUAUUCAGAAUCUUUUCCACUGAGAAAAUCCGUCCAGGGGAAUCAGUGUAUUUCUUAUUAACAGUAGGUUGAACCUCAAAAACGUUGUUAUUAAUCCAUGUGAGACAUCAUCAUUGCCAGGGAAUGGCAUUCCAGUAUUCUGUGGAGUUUGUUGCUAGUAGUUUGAUGGAAUGUUUAGUUUAUAUCUCUUAAACUGAGUUGUAAAUAGAGUGUUAAAUAUUUCUUUUAUUUAUUUAUUGUUCAUGUACCAUAACGUGUUUCCUUUUUUUUACUGCACAAUUUUUAUGCAAAAAAAAAACAGGAGGCUUGAAUGUGGGUGUGAUUAACGCGAUACUGAUAAACAACGUUGCUGAUGAACUGUCCUUUUCCUACUGUUUGUUUAUAUGUAUUUGAUUAACUGCUGAUAAUAAACAGGGAAUAUUUGAAAGCUUA